AGUCGUGUCACAAGAUCUGAAUAACAACGUAAGAUUCAAAAAUUGUACAGCACCUAUGUAGUUACAUUCUCUCUUUGAAAAUUCUAAAGAAACCCUUGUAAUACAAGGGAACUACAGUAGGCACCUUAGUGUUACAAGACUAGUUUCGUACGACCUUUUUAUGAGGGACAAAAAAGCAAAGUCACCGCUACAAGGGUUAUUAUGUAGUUUACCCCCUUUCUGCCUUCUUUUUUCUGUUAAUAAUUGCUUUCAUGUCAUUUCUCAUGUCGCCACGCCACCUAAAUUAUUUGUGUGCUUUAACUCCUAAUCAUCCUAAAAGGUUAUGCAGUAAUGGAAUUCACUUUUUAUCCUUUGGCGUAUUGAUGGUGGAAACACAUGCAUAAUGCACCAGAUUGUUUCUUGGACAUCAUAAGUGGUAAUUUUCUACAGAGCAUAUGUGAGUAUUAAAGUAUUUAACAAUUACUCUAGCGUGGUACCAAAUAUCAGUCUUCAUUAAUCUGAGACAUAAACUUCCAUGGGAACAUUUCUUGGACAUCUCGUACCUGGCUUGGCCUUAGCCCUCCUUGGUUUUUGGCAUACAAUUAGCACCAUUAGAUCCAACUAUCAAAAUGGAACUACAAAAUUCAGAUCCAGGUUUUGGUACCCUUUCAACAGUCCCCUUCCCACUCUACAACAUAUUGAUCUUUUUCUGGUCUUGUUCUUGUCCCUCUUUUGCAUAGCUAUCCAGUUCAUAGACUUCCCUUCUCUCCACUUAUCAUUCAAGCUUCAUAACGUUGAGCAUGCCACCAUAUUCCUACACUUGACUGUAUUUGCGGGUUUUACUCUUCUCGCUGAGAUAAGUAACUUGACUGAGAUCCUACAUGGGAUGUUAGGCAUACUUGCUACAUCUAUUUUCGGUCAGGAGCUUUUCUUGCUUCAUUAUCAUUCAACUGAUCACGUAGGACUCGAAGGCCAUUACCACUGGCUGUUGCAGCUUGUAGUGGGUGUAUCCCUUAUGUCAGCUCUUGUUGUAACUUGCUUCCCAUCUUGUUUCCCUGCAGCACUUGUUCUUCCGAUUUCAGUCAUUUUCCAAGGGGUUUGGUUCAUGAACAUGGGAUUCAACCUAUGGUUUCCGCACUUCAUUCCACAAGGAUGUGUUAUGCAAUCAAGUGAAGGUCAUGAAAGCUCUGUCCAUGGAGCGAUCAUUUGUCAAACCGAUGAAGCCGAUUUAAGGGCCCGAGCUAUGGCAAACUUGCAGUUUAGCUGGGUACUUGCAGCUAUCUUGUUCCUUGUGGCUGGUAUUUCCCUAAUCUUUGCCAGAAAUCGAGCAGAUAGGACUCUGUUGUCUAAGUAUGAGCAGCUUCAGAGUAGGGGCAGAGACAAACCUGUAACAAUUAAUUGCUUGAAGCAAACUACUAAAUAAAAACAUGUAUAUUAGGCAUCAAAUACCACCUUAAAUAAAUUCAAUGGAUGUGUAUGAGGACGAUUGUUCUGGGUUGUCUUCUUUCCUAGAGAUGUUCAAACCCAUUGUUUGUGGUACUUUCUGUAUUGCAGUCACUAGACUGCCUACCCAUAGGUAUCAGUUUUAACUAAUGUUGACUUGGCUUUA